AUGGCGAACAGAGACGAGGGCACGCUUCUCUCUGUCGAAGUACUUGACUUCUCGACCCCACAUGCGAAACGAUUACACACGCCGAACCUUCUUCAGGCUAAUCUUGUCGGUCCUAUCACCUUACACGCCCCCAAACUACUUCGAACCAGCGUAACUGGGCCGCUACCCCAAUCUUCUUUGUUGCGAAGCUUGGAGCUUCGCUGGCCGCUCUCCAGAUGUGUGGAGAUUCCAGUCGCUCUGUCAAGACUCCCGUGUCUCGAAGAGUUUGCUCUGGAUCUGGUACAAUCGUUCACGACGAACCAAGUCAACAUUGUGGAUUCGGUGCUCGACCAGGGUACCUUGUCGUUCCCUGCACUUACGACGUUGCGGGUCUCCGGUUACGACGUUAUUCAUCCGCUGGUUUGUCAAAUAUUGACACGCCUCAUCGCGACCUCGGAUGGCACUCUGAAGCAGAUCGAGAUUGCCUGCACGGAUGCGGAUCUUACUGGAUCAGACCUCGCACUCAAGGUUGUGAAGUCCGCCGCACACGCCAUCGAGGUGGAUAGUGUAUUCAUCCACUUCAAAGAGGUGUAUGGCCGCAUCUCGGCCACCAUGUCACUCUCGCGCCAGGAGCUCAGAAACGAACCGGGACUCAAUCCUUGCGUCACCUUGAGAUUCACCUUGACCGGGCGAUACCGUGGACCUACCGUGGAAGAACAAGUGAACACGAAUGUGAUGCCCCUUCUACCCCUCGAUCGUAUCACGCACCUAUUCCUCGGUUGCAUACCCAUGUCUGGAUCGUGUGCGAGUACCGAGUCUGCGUUCAUCGCAGCCUUCAAGCACCUCACAUUCGUGCAUACGCUACACGCCAGCGACAACGACCGAGACCCAUCCAAGCACUCGUUCCUGCCGAUAACACAUCCUCUCGUCGGAGAAGUGAUGGGACGUCGAUGUUUACCUGCUUUGAAGACCAUGAACGUCUACUACACAACGUACAUGUUCAGGGAUUGGUGGACUCGACUUGCGACCGCAGUCGCUAUGCGUCGUCGUACGGGCAUGCCGCUCAGCUCGCUGCGCAUCUCGUACAAGUGGGGUUCAAACGUCCAACGCCCCAAGGGUGCUGCGCGCUCGUUGCUGGAAACAUUCCACGAGCUACCGGACGAGAAUUGGCAUCACGAUCCGGAUUCAUUUGUGUUGAAAUGCCCUGCAGACGCCUUCAAUGUCGACGGAGUCCGCGUGUGGGCAAAGGAGAAGGUUGAGAGCGUGGCAAAGAGCCUGUUCGCGGAAGUUAUCGAGGGGAUCGAGGUCGAAGAGGCAUCAGGAUUUCGGGCUUUCUGGCCUCCCAAGUCAUAA